AUGUCCCAACCGUUGGAUCUCAAUUCUCACCGUCCUAGCGUCAAGAUUCGGCUGGCCUUGAUCAACUUUUGUCACAGCGAAGUCUUCACGAUGCGUCGCAAGGGCGAAGUAGAGGAAAUCUGCCGAGACCAGGCCGACCUCUUUGACCUCAAACCAGACGACCUGGGACUCAACUACGUUGUCAUCCGUCAGGGAUUACAUGAAACACGCAACCUCACCCACGAGGGCAUCCCGGUGACCUUUUAUGAUCCGGAGACAGAGAAUGAAUGGGAUGCAAGCCCUCCACUUUAG